AGCAGUAACAUAGGAAAUGGAGAUGAGAAGCUGUUCAUUUUCUCAGAACUCCUACCCUCUCACUUAAAAAAUACCCAUAAAAACAAAAAAAGUUCUAAUUGAGAUUAUUAUUAUUUUUUUCAUUAUGGAAGAUAAAUCUGAAAGACUCAGUUCUUCAUUUCCGGGUAGAUCUAUGGAUUAUUGACUCGUUGGAUUCUUAUCAAAUGAUAGCAUGUGCUGUGGAUCGAAGCAGUUAAAUCUGAAGCCGUCUCCUAUAACUUUAAAUACUUUCUUUCAGAAGAUAACAGACAUCCUAGUGUAGAUAUGAAUCUCUUGACUGUAGUGACUGAAGAUGCUUUUGCAAGCUUGCUUGAGCUUGCUGCUAACAACGAUGUUGAGGGCUUUAAAAGGUGGAUUGAACAUAAUCCUUUCGGUGUUGAUGAGGUUGGAUUAUGGUAUGGUCGUCAAAAAGGGUUGAAACAGAUGGUUAAUGAGGAGAGAACUCCGUUGAUGGUUGCUUCUACGUAUGGUAGCAUUGAUAUUAUUGAGCUGAUCCUUUCAUCUUCGGAUGCGAAUGUGAAUCGCGUGUGCGGCCGUGACAAAAGCACUGCCCUUCAUUGUGCUGCCUCGGGUGGGGCGGUUAAUGCUAUCGAUGUUGUGAAGCUGCUUUUAACAGCCGGUGCUGAUGUAAAUAUGGUUGAUGCCAAUGGUCAUCUUCCUGUUGAUGUUAUUGUUGUUCCUCCAAAGCUUCAGGCUGUGAAAUUAACUCUUGAAGAACUCCUUGCGACUGAGAAUUCCGGGUUUGAACGGAAUUUAAGUGUGUCAGUCGUUGACAAUUCCAGCUCCCCUCCACUCUCUCCUUUGCAGGAAAAUGGUUUAUUGUCAUCUGGUUCAGAUUCCCCCAUGAAGUCAAGGCCAAGUGAUGUUCCUAUUUCUUGGGCAUCGGAGAAGAAAGAAUACCCAAUUGAUCCAUCUCUUCCAGACAUCAAGAAUAGCAUCUAUUCAACCGAUGAGUUCCGAAUGUAUUCAUUCAAGGUGCGGCCUUGUUCACGUGCCUACUCCCAUGAUUGGACUGAGUGCCCAUUUGUUCACCCUGGAGAGAAUGCUCGAAGAAGGGAUCCUAGGAAGUUCCAUUACAGUUGUGUUCCUUGCCCUGAUUUUCGCAAGGGGGCAUGUAGGCGAGGAGAUAUGUGUGAAUAUGCUCAUGGUGUAUUCGAAUGCUGGCUACACCCUGCUCAGUAUCGGACCCGGCUGUGCAAGGAUGGUACGAGUUGUGCAAGGAGAGUCUGCUUCUUUGCUCACACUGCUGAGGAACUCCGACCUCUUUAUGUCUCCACUGGUUCAGCUGUUCCAUCUCCUCGAUCUAGUACUUCCGGUGCUACAGCAAUGGAUUUUGCUGCUGCCAUGAGUCUCCUGCCUGGAUCACCUUCAUCUGUAUCAGUUAUGUCUCCAUCACCGUUCACUCCACCCAUGUCUCCCUCUAUGAAUGGCAUGUCUCACUCUAAUGUUGGCUGGCCACAGCCUAAUGUUCCGGCCCUGCAUCUUCCUGGAAGCAAUCUUCAAUCUAGUCGGUUGCGAUCGUCUCUUAAUGCGAGAGACAUUCAAGCUGAAGACUUCAAUUUGCUGUCUGAUUUUGAUGUGCAGCAACAUCAAUUGAUGAACGAGUUAUCUGGCCUUAAUCAGCCAUCUAUGAGUUCAAGUUCUCUUAACCGAUCUGGACGAUUGAAGACUCUGACCCCUUCAAAUCUUGAUGAUAUAUUUUCUGCUGAGAGCUCAUCUCCUCGAUACUCUGAUCAAGCAAUGGCUGCUGCUGUUUUCUCUCCAACUCAUAAGUCCGCUGUUCUCAAUCAAUUUCAGCAACAGCAGAACAUGCUAUCACCUGUAAACACAAAUUUUUCUCCUAAAAAUAUAGAGCACCCUCUCUUGCAGGCUUCUCUAUCCGGUAGGAUGUCUCCUCGAAAUGUCGAACCUAUCUCACCGAUGAGCUCUCGGGUUUCAAUGUUAGCUCAACGGGAGAAACAGCAAGAAUUUCGCAGCCUAAGCUCUAGGGAGCUCAGCUCCGGCUCGGCUGCCAUUGUUGGUUCCCCGGGGAAUUCAUGGUCAAAAUGGGGAUCCUCCGAUGGGAAGCCAGACUGGGCUGUCAAUUCUGAUGGGCUAGGCAAGCAUCGCAGGUCGUCCUCAUUUGAGCUCGGUAAUGGAGACGAGCCCGAUUUAUCAUGGGUUCAGUCCCUUGUAAAAGAAUCUCCCACUGAGAUCAAAGAGAAAAUAGCAGCACCCGUCUCAGGUGAGGGUUCUAGCAUGAACUCUUAUCCGGCGGAUAAUGCUGCUGCUUUAGGUGCUUGGCUCGAGCAAAUGCAGCUUGAUCAACUUGUGGCUCAGCAAAACUGAAACCGGUUUCGCUGAGCCCUCCUGAGGUAGAGAGAACAAAAAUGGUUUUGGUAAAUAACAUUCGUAUUUUUUUCCGGAUUCUGCUGGUGAUUGAAUGCUUAAGGAAAAUCAGAGAAGAAGGU